AACAGCUAAGCAACAAGAGCCUUUGCCUUGUGUUCUUUUAUAAUUUCUCCAAGUACACGGUCAUUUCUUGGGUUCCAUUCACACAAAGCCGACCUCCACUUGGGUUUUGGGAUGUACCCUUCCCUUCCUCUCUUUCUCUCGUCCAUCAGAACAAGAACUAGAGAUCCCAAAGUGCACACCUCUCAAUAUAUUCUCAGUACAAAUACCAAAUCCACAGAUCUACAGCUAGUCUUAAAGUUGUACUCGUGCUCCCUCCCUCUUUCUCUCUCUCUCCCCCCCAUCUCACAUGAUGCAAUUCGGUGAGAGUGCACCACCCUCGCCACCACUGAUCAACCUCAACGGCCAAGCCCUGCGCCUGGACCUGACACCACCUGAAGCCCCACUCCACCGUCCCCGGCCGUGGCCCGGCUUCCCCAUCUCCUCCAAAUCCCUCGGCAGCUUCAACACCGCCGGCUGCAUGGAGCAACUACUGCUCCACUGCGCCGACGCCAUCGAGGCCAACGACGCCACCCUCGCCCAGCAGCUCAUAUGGGUCCUCCACAACAUCGCACCGCCCGACGGCGACUCCAACCAGCGCCUCACCGCCGCCUUCCUCCACGCCCUCAUCGCCCGCGCCUCCAAGACCGGCUCCUGCAACAUGCUCGGCGCCGUCGCUGCUGCUCAUCCCGCCGAUGCCGACCUCGCCCUCCACACUCACCGCUUCUCCGCCGUCGACCUCGUCAGCUUCGUCGACCUCACUCCAUGGCACCGCUUUGGCUACUCGGCAGCCAACGCGGCCAUCGCCGAAGCUGUCGAGGGUUUCCCUGUCAUCCAUAUCGUCGAUCUCAGCACGACACACUGUAUGCAGAUUCCCACUCUCAUCGAUUUGUUGGCCGGCCGCCCCGAAGGCCCGCCGAUCCUAAGACUCACCAUCCCAAGCCCUACAGCCGCCGCCACCACCAUGCCACCGCCGAUUCUAGACCUAUCUUAUGAUGAAUUGGGUGCAAAGCUGGUAAAUUUUGCGAGGUCCAAGAACGUAGCUAUGGAAUUUAGAGUGAUCCCUUCGAAUCCAUGCGACGCAUUCGAUACGCUCAUCGAGCAAUUGAGAGUCCAACAGUUGGUCUCCGACGGCGGCGAGGCCCUCAUUGUGAACUGUCAGAUGAUGCUGCAUUACAUCCCGGACGAGACCGCCGGUGCAAUCUCCUCCACCAUGAGCAUGACCUCGUCGAUAUCCCUUCGAUCGGCGUUCCUUAAGGUGCUACGCAGUCUCGAGCCAACCUUAGUUACACUUGUGGAUGAAGACGCCGACUUCACGGCUGGUGACGUGGUUGGGAGGCUGAGAUCGGCAUUCAAUUAUCUAUGGAUACCAUAUGAUGCGGUGGAUACGUUUCUUCCGAAGGGGAGCGAGCAGCGGGAGUGGUACGAGGCCGGGGUGAGGUGGAAGAUAGAGAAUGUGAUAGCACAUGAGGGGUUGCAGAGGGUGGAGAGGCUGGAGAGCAAGGGGAGAUGGGCGCAGAGGAUGAGGGCGGCAGGGUUUCGAGGGGUGGGGUUCAGCGAGGAGGCGGUGGGGGAGGUGAAGGGGAUGCUGGAGGAGCACUCGGCAGGGUGGGGGCUGAAGAGGGAAGAGGAAGACUUCGUGCUCACUUGGAAGGGCCACAACGUGGUGUUUGCUACUGCUUGGGUGCCUUCAUGA